AUGACAACUCCGGGAAGAAACACUUUCUCACUUAAGUACAAGGAACCUAAGCUUGACAGUCUUAAAGGAUUGAUCUAUGAUUUAAAUCUCAAUAAGCGUGAUGACUUCGGAAAAGACUACGGGAAAAUUUUGAGCCUUCUGACUAAGAAAGUUGACUAUGGGAUUAUCAGCUCUUUGGCACAAUAUUAUGAUUUGCCUCUACGUUGCUUCACAUUUGUUGAUUUCCAACUAGCUCCUACUUUGGAAGAAGUUGAGAGAACUGUGAGUCUAAAGUUGAAAGAUUUCAAUCCAUUUCUAAAGCUUGAAGAGGAAGUGGACCCAAAGAAGAUAGCCUUAGCCCUAAGUAUCAAUGUCCCAACUGUUCUGGCCAAUUGGGUCGGGAAGGGGGGGGGGGGGUUCAAAGUUUUUUCCAUGGGGUUCUUGGAAGAAUUAGCUCUGAAGUUCAAGAAAGAAGGAAAUUGGAAGGCAUUUUAUGUUAUGUUGGCUCUAUUGAUAAAUGGGAUUGUGCUCUUCCCAAACAUUGAAAAGUUUGUGGAUCAUGUAGCCAUAAAAGUCUUUCUCUCCAGCAAUCAUGUACCAUUUCUCUUAGUUGACAUUUACCAUGCCCUUCACGCUCGACAUGAAAAGAGUGGUGGAACUUUUUUAUGUUGUGCUCCUUUGCUUUAUACUUGGUUCAUGCAACAUAUGCCCGAAAAAUGGCCUUUUGUGGCGAAAGAACUUAAAUAUCCUCAAAGACUAGCUUCUCUCACUGCAAGUUCCAUCAGAUGGUAUAUCAGAGAGUAG